GCCGGCAUGGCGCUGCAGUGCACCAAGCUGGGGGGACACUGGAAGAUGGUGGUAUGGGACGAGGAGGGUUUCCAGGGCCGGCGGCAUGAGUUCACAGCCGAGUGCCCCAGAGUGCUGGACCUUGGAUUUGAAACAGUUCGAUCUUUAAAAGUGCUGAGUGGAGCGUGGGUGGGCUUUGAGCACGCCAGCUACCAAGGACAGCAGUACGUGCUGGAGCGGGGCGAAUAUCCAAGCUGGGAUGCCUGGAGCGGAAACACCGCCUACCCCUCUGACAGGCUCACCUCCUUCCGGCCCUUAGCGUGCACUAACCACCGUGACUCCAGAUUGACCAUCUUUGAGCAGGAGAACUUCCUGGGCAGGAAAGGGGAGCUGAGCGAUGACUACCCUUCUCUCCAAGCCAUGGGCUGGGAUGGCAACGAAGUGGGCUCUUUCCGUGUUCACUCAGGGGCCUGGGUUUGCUGCCAGUUCCCGGGCUACCGAGGCUUUCAGUAUGUGCUGGAGUGCGAUCACCACUCAGGAGACUACAAACAUUUCCGGGAGUGGGGCUCUCACGCCCAGACCUUCCAGGUGCAGAGCAUCCGCCAGACCAGCAGCACAGGCAAGCCCCGGAGUCUGGGAGCCUGGGAAGAUGGAGCAGGAGCGGCCUGCGAAGACGGCUCUUCAGAUGUGGAUCUGGACGUAGCCCGCUGGGGCUGA